CAAAGUUCAAAAUGGCGGAGUUUGCGGCUCAUCUGAACCAAGGGACUACAAAUGCCAACCCUACAAUAUUCGAGAUAGUCGCCGAGGAAUCUAUGGCAUCAGUUUUUAGACCGGCAGUUUCUUAUGGGUUAAAAGUGCUAGCAAGUUCCAAUCCUGGCAGAUGGGGCUGGAUUUGGCGUUUCGGAGACGAACUUCACCUCUGUUUAGAUUACAUCGUUCAGAAUUACUACUUGAAGAACUUUGGAGGUUCAAUAUCUGAACAUUUUUACGGUCUCAAAAGAGUUAACAGGUUUAACACAGAAAAACACGAGGGAGAGCUUUCAAGUUAUCAGAAGUAUCUAUCGGUGAUCAUGCUUGUCGGAGUACCAUAUGCAAAGCUGAAACUUGAUCAACUGUUUGAAAGAGUGAAAGAAGAGUAUGUUAGCGGAUAUUUGUCCUCUAACCCGUCACGAAAGAAUUCUUAUUUUCUUCACCUUAAGAGGACAUUUAUUUACGUGUACCCAUUCUUACAUUUCUCCUGGGAAGCGGUCUUCUUAUGUUAUCACUUACUGUACAUAUUCAGAUUCUCUGAGGUCCACUCUCCUCUCCUACAUGCUAUUGGAGUCUCGCUCCAGAGACUCACGAGACAAGACAUUCUUGCGCACAACGUGCAGAACAGUCUGCCCAACAUACUGAGUGCAAAGACUGUGGCCGAAAGGAUUUUGGCAAUUCCAAGCUCAGUGACGCAGUUAUUAGCAUCAGUUUUUGCCAAUGGUCUUCCAGUUGUGGUGUUCUUUCUCAAAUUCGUGGAUUGGUGGUAUUCAAGUGAGAAUAAAGGUGCAGUGCAGUCUGUGAUUCAGUUACCAGUUCCUUCUCCACCACCUCAACCUAAGCCUGCCCAACAUGGAACUCAACUUCCUCCUCACCCAGCACAAUGUCCUCUGUGUAAGAAGGUCCGCACCAAUCCUGCAGCACUGUCAUCAUCUGGUUAUGUGUUCUGUUACCCUUGUAUCUACAAAUACUUGAACCAACAUGGUUGCUGCCCAGUCACACAUUUGCCAAGUGCAACAAAACAACUUGUUAGACUUUAUGUUGAUGAUCAAAACUAGAAAAACAGUUUUGUUUAACUGUUAGGUUUGAGAUGGCAUUGUGUACUUAGAAAAUUAGAUGUAGAAUUUGUUAGCUCUUUUACAUGUAACUGAUGUUUAGCUUGAGACGUAAUCCAUCACACAGGUAAUCCCUAAAGAGAGGAUCUCACUGAUCAACAGAUUUAACUGAUUCUGGAUUACAUGCUGCCCUUGAUGAAACUCCUCCCCUAGCUAAAUACCUCACUUGACAGCAACAAAAUAUCAUUAGAGCUGCCCUCGCACAACAACAUGGCACUUACAUGUAAUUGAUGCACUUGAGUUUUAGAGUAUGCCUAAUGCAGCUACAUUUACUUGACCCUAAGACAAUGGCAAUGACAUUUUAAACUUAGUUUUGGUUAUUUUUUCUAUCAUUUUGGAUAAAUGAUUUUUUUUUUAUGUUAAGUAAAGAUUGUUUCUUAAUUACAAAUUUUAAUCAAAUACUGUAGUUGAGAAAUUUAAUGAGUUCCAUGGUGCAUUAUCGAGUAACACUGUGACAAUAACCCUGCAUAUUGCUAGGCUUAGUUUAGUCAGUUCUAUCAUCCUUCAAAGAACGGUUUUGAAUCUAAUGCCAAUAUUACA